AUGGAAAAUUCAGCUCAAAAACGUCAUAUUACAGAGGACCCCUUGAACCUUGAUGAACAACAAAACUAUCAAACUCCCAAUAGUAGUUCUACUAAAAGGAUGAGGAUAACAUUACCACCACCAAUAAAUACUUUACAACAAACACCACAAUUUGAAAAGAUCGGCUCAUGGAGUUUACCUCCUUUAACCUUUUCCUCCAAAUUUCCUCCCAAUCAUUCUUCUAACGUGUUUGAUCAGUCGCCACCACUAAUACCAACACCACAAAGUAAUCAACAACAACACCAAUCAUCUUUACCAAGAUUUGAAUUGCCGCCUCUAAAAUCCUUAGAACAAAAAGAAAUAAAUAAAAGUGGUGGAUUGGAGACAUCUUCUAAUAAUGAUUAUCAUGUGAAAGAAGAAUACGGUGAAGAUAAUGGUGAUUAUAAUGAUUAUGAUGAAAACGAAGAUUAUAAUAACAUUGAUAAAGAUAAACUAGCUAAUUAUUAUGAAGAGAUGAAUCAUCAUGAUGCUACUAAACUUGAAGAAAUUUCACGAGUGAUUGUUCAUAAUGACGAGUCUUUAAACAUGAAUGGUUUUAAAGAAAAAAAUCUUGGUCAUUUACUUUAUAAUCCCAAGGAAAUUCUUCCACCACUGGAAUUCAAAGAAAAUGGUUUAAUGGAAAUUUGGAUACAAGCUAAACAUUUGACAUGGGAUAAUACCAAAGUUAAAGAGCAUUUUGUAUGGGGAACAGACAUUUACUGUGAUGACUCAGAUGUUGUUGCGACUCUUAUACACUCUGGAUUAUUUGUCCCUCUUGAAUAUGAUAAAUCAAAGGUCGUACAAAAUCAACCUAAUUAUGAUCUUCAUGUUACCAUUCGUGCCUAUCCAAAACUACUUUAUUAUAAGGGCACCAAAAGAAACAAUUAUAAAAGUAGAUGUUGGGGUGAUCAUCAUGGAGUUAGCUACAAAAUUGAAAAGGUUGAAAAAAUACAAAUCGGCGAAGCGAUUUGUAGAUCAAAAGGUGGCAAAGGAACAAAAGAAAGAAUGAAAAAUUUUCUUGUAAAGAGAAAAAAAGCAUUUAAUGUAUCAAAUAAUCAAAAUGCCAUUUUAUUCCUUUUUAACAAUGAACAUGAUCCUUGUUAUAAGUAUUCACCAGAAUUGAUGUCAGAUAGCAAAUAUAUAAUUAACAGACUAUAUUCUGAAGUCUUGUACUUGGAAAAUGAUGAUGAAAGAUAUGAAGUAUCAUAUAAUGAGAAGCAAAACAAAUAUAGAUUUUCAAUAGUAUCACCAUCAGUUUAUUUAGGAGACAGAAAUAAAAGCAAUUUAAAACACCCGUUAAGUUCAGAUAAGUUGGAUGAAAUAAUUCGGGAUGAUUUAGAUUUUCAUGAAUUAUCAUGGAAUAUUGUUGGUGUGGUUGUAGCAGAUAAACAAAAUCAACAACAUAGCUUAUUAUGCAUCAUCAACAGAAUAUUUUGGUAUUCAAAAAGUCAAGACUAA